AUGUUGCAGGUUAUUCCCGGCUGGUUGAAAGCAGCACGCCUGUCCUUUGAAUGGCUGGACAUGGACGAGUCAGGGCCAUUGCGUGCCUUGCACCAACAUCUUGCUUCCUUACUCUCUGCUGCAGAGGCAAUGCCGGACAGAGGCUGCGAGAUCGCUCAGCAGUUGGCAAGGUGGGUGCGCUGCGAUGUGGAAUUGAAGCCACUUCUGCGGCCCUUGCUAGACAGGCUUCUGCCACUGGCGAAAUCGGGCCCGGCUUGCCCUCAACUCUUGCCUUUGCUGGCCGAUCUAGCUUCUGACCGAUGGCCGCGGGUUUGUCUUGAAGACCCCGAGGUGGGAGGUAUGCUGGACGUGCUGUGCACGGCAGAUGCAGCUCUUCUGCUUGUUCGGAACAUCGCUGGUGAAGAAGAUUCGGCCAGCAAUGCUGAAGCAGCAUUGGCUGUAUGGCAGACGCUCGCAGGCACUGCCAUGUGCGGCACCAUGGAGUGGGAGGACGAGGCAGAGCUCGGGGCUGGCAGACAUUCGGAAUGGUGGGUCCCAAGCCAGCAAGUCUUCAGCUGUCCAGCCUUUCCUGGACUUUUUGCACGCCUGGUGCCAGAGCUGCUCAGGCUGCUGCAAUGCCCCUCCAUGCACGAGCACCCGAAACCAGAGGCCGUGGUGCAAGUUCGUGCCGCCGCUCAAACUGCCAUCGCGGCUUGGGCAGCCCUGAUGGGUGAGACCACGGCCUGGGUGGAAGCUACUUGGACCCCGCUGCAGAACAUAAAGCAGCGAUUGUCGGCAGAACGUCCAAGCGAGACUUUGGCCAAAGACGUCGAAGUCACGCUGUGGUUCUCGUACACCUUGGCUGCCAGCUGGCCAGAGCGGUCCGCACCAGCAGCGGCUGUUGUCUUGGAAAUUGGUGAUCGCUUGGAUGGCUUUCCUCCACCCUGGCGCUCGCUAUUGUGGAUGCAGGCAUGCUGCUUGGCAUCGACCGGGCCUUCUCAUCUCAGCACAAGGCUGAUUGAGUGGAUGCUUCAGCGACCGCCGCAACUCGCUGAUGCCCCCGCUUUGCUGGGCAUGACGGAGCUGCCCUAUGCGUCGAGCCUCGAGAUGGCUUGCCGCCAGCUGCCGCCAACAGCUGCGUUUGCCAUGGCAGCGGAAAGACUGCUAGGACUGGCCCUGGCUGAGAUUCCUGCCAACCAGCAUCCGCAGAGCGCAGAAGCAAAAGCUCGGAUGUUGCGGGCGAUGAGCCAUGUCAUGGGUGGAGAUGCUGCUCAGCUUUGCGAAGCACUGCGUCGUCAAAUCCUGCCAUCCCUGCGUGCAACAGCGCAGGGCGAGACUGGCUCCAUUGCCACGCGCAUGAUCUUUUCAAUUCUGCAUGCCGUUCUUCCUCGGAAGGGUGGUGAACCAAACCCUGCCAUCUCAUUGUGGAGAGAGUACUGGGACUUCGUGGAAAAUGCAGUUCUUCACUGGCCCUGUCAAAUGGCGGCUGAUGGACGCGAGCAGCCGCUCGACGCUGCAGCUGAGGCGCUAGCGGCUGCCGGUUCAUUGCCUGGACUGUUCCAGGAGGUUCUUCAGCUACUGGCUCUAGGGACCAGUCGGCGCCAGAAAUCGGGAGCAGAGAUCUGUCUCGCUGCUUUGGAGUCGGUGAUGCAGCACCUGCCGAGCCCUCCGCUUGACCAGGCGGUGGCAUCAAGAGCAAUGGCAGCUGCAGUGUGCCAAGCAACGGAGGCUGUUCUCAAUGAGCCGGACAGCUUGCAGAAUCCCAUGGUGUUGAAGGCGCUCUUCGCACUGUGGUCUCGUGGUCUAGCAGCUGGACAAGCCGCAGCAGGGUUGCUGCGCCCAAGCCUGCUGGCCAACUGCAUGAUUGUGGAUCGCCUGCUGGGUGUGUUCUGUGAAAUGGUGGCUGUUCAUGCCGAUGAGCGGAUGUUUCGCUGGCUGAACCUUCUGCUGCCUCGCGAUGGACAAACGGAGCGCCACAUUGCCGCCUCGAUUCUGCAGGCCUUGCCAUCCAUCUACGCGGCAAUGUUCCAAGCCUUAGCCCUGCAGGAAUCUUUAGCGAGAUUUGACGGUGGGGUUAUGGACGCUGCAGAGUUCAUGUUCUUCUCCGCCGAGAUCUUCCCACACGAGUAUUCUGCAGCUGUGACAGCAGGCCUCCUCGCAGUACCACAAUUGCCUACUUGGAGCCGCCAGCAGAUUCUGCAGCUAUUGGACGGCCGUCAAGAGUGGCCCCGCCGUUCUGCAUGGAUUUGUGCUUUUCAGCAGCUUGUUCAGGACUGGCAGCGUGCGCGGCAGCCAGGCAUAUAG